CGAGAGCGCCUUCUCUCAGCCGCCCUCCCCCCGCCACCGCCGUCGUUGCCAUCAUCCCCCGCGCAAUCCUCCGGCCGAGAGGCACGGCGAAAAAACGGAGCUUGCAACGCGCGCGCGACUCGCGAGAGAGAAGGAUCCCGUGGCGGUCGCUCACAACCGUGCCGACGAGGGGUGGUCGCUCUUGAAGAGGGAGAAUCGGUCCUCGCCUCGUCUCGUCUCAUCUCGUAUCGUAUCGUAUCGUAUCGCAUCACCUCGCCUUGUCUCGUUCGCGCAUCGCCACCGCCACCGCUGCCGCCUCGCUCCAGGAACACCGAGAGAGGAGGAUGCGUGACGCACUCGACACGGGCGAGUAUAACUCGGAGGUGUAGAAGGUGACGGCUCUCUCUCCCUCUUUCUUCCUAUGUGUGCGUGCGUGCGUGCGUGCGUACAUGCAUCUCUUUUAUCUUUAUCUCUCCCUUUCUCUAUAUUCGUUAUCCCAUCAUCGCGAUUAUCGGCCGGUGUUCUCGGAUCUCUCGUAGACCCGAGAUCGGUUUCGCUCGUGUUGGGCGGGUACGGCAAACGAGCACGCCGCUGGAUGAGCCACCCUACUUUUCCUCGGGGUGGUUUACUUUAUCGGGGCUACCUGGCUCUAGUCGCAUCACGUUCCGUCGCGUCGCGUCUCUCGCUCGGCUCGGCACGGGUCGAGAAUCUUAAAUAACGCGUUUACGGCGGGCGCGUAUCCUCGGAUGAAAUCAAUUCGGAAUCGGAGCGUGUGCGUGUCGGGGUAAAUCGAAUAAGUGACUUGUAGGAGUGCGGGGUUGCGUUCGAGUACUUCUUUCGAUGCCGAGAGUGUUUUUUUCGCGCGCCAGUGCUUUCUAAGAGCCGUCCCUUAGAUGUGCGGCGAGAUUCGUAAUGAGGAGAGUGGACCUCUCUUUCCCAACUUAUUCGUCAUGGUGUUACGCCGUUGAAAACAAGAAGAGAAGCAUAUUGACUCAGAACUCAAUGUCUCCGCCCAGAGGAGCAAGUGUGGGAUGUAGUUGACACUACCUUCCACCUAGCGAGAGCACGACGACGACGGAGGUGGAGAACGAAGAGGAGGAGGAGGAGGAGGGGGACGAGGAGGACGAGGACGAAGACGAAGAGACGGAAAAGGAGAAGGGAAGAGAUCGCGACGGUAGUCGACGAAAACGCUGUACGCCGGAUUUCCGGUAUCCCGAAGAAAAGGACCGGAAGCGUGGCGUUCGCGCGUUCGCGCGUACGUUCGUGCGUACGUACGUGCGUGCGGGCGGGCGCGCGAACGAGCGCGUGGGCGAACGCGCGCAUGGUAAAGGACGGGCGAGAGUGAGGUGGGUUUCGCGGAAGGGUGCCCCGAAGAUCAGACUACAGCGGGAAACGCGAAGGAUCGUUUGCGAGAGUAACAGAGGGAUCGUCCGCGCGAACCGUAUCGGUCGCGGAGCAUUGGAACGAGGAUAAGUAAGACGCGAUUUUUCGGAAACGAUACAAAGAGAAAGAAAGAGAGAGACAGAGAGAGGGUGAGAGAUAGUCCGUCAGACAUGAACGUUACUCCGAUGGUGGAGAUAUCCGACAAUGACAGCUACAACGGCACCAACGGUCUCGACUGCGGCGGUCAGCCCCAUCCGUAUGCGGUAUGGGAGCGUGCGAUGAUAGUGGUGGUCGCCGUCUUCCUCAGUCUCACCACGGUCGUCGGCAACAUAAUGGUCAUGAUAUCGUUCAAGAUCGACAAGCAGCUGCAAACGAUCUCCAACUAUUUUCUCUUCAGCCUGGCAGUGGCCGACUUUGCGAUCGGCCUAAUCUCUAUGCCCCUCUUCACGCUGUACACAGUGCUCGGUUACUGGCCGCUCGGGCCCCACGUGUGCGACACGUGGCUGGCCCUCGAUUAUCUCGCAAGCAACGCGUCGGUCCUUAAUCUGCUCAUCAUCAGCUUCGACAGAUACUUCUCCGUCACGCGCCCGCUCACCUAUCGAGCCAGGAGAACGACUGCCAAAGCCGCCGUCAUGAUCGGGUCCGCUUGGGGUAUAUCGUUGCUUCUUUGGCCACCCUGGAUCUACGCGUGGCCGUACAUCGAGGGUCAAAGAACCGUGCCAAAGACCGCGUGCUAUAUCCAAUUCAUCGAGACGAACCACUACAUCACCUUCGGCACGGCCAUCGCCGCGUUUUAUGUUCCUGUCAUGAUAAUGAUAAUCUUGUACUGGCGGAUCUGGAAGGAGACGGAGAAACGGCAAAAGGAUCUGCCGAAUUUACAGGCCGGCAAGCAAGAUGCGAGCAAGCGCAGCAACUCGAGGUGCGACGAAGCUUUAGAUAUGGAGGAUGGUAGAAGACAGCGAAGCGAGUCGAGUACCGGGGAAGACGUCUCGCAUGCCACGCACAUCGCCGUUUCCUACAUUGAUAAGCACUAUCCGCAAUACAAAAACCACAGGCCGUUUUCUUGGACCUGGCUGAAGAUGUGGUGCAUCGCGUGGUGGCACAGCGGACGGGAGGAAGAGGACGACGACGAGGAUAUCGCGGGACCGGAGAGCAGCCGUACCGGACCCGGCUACGAGGACACGCUCACGCCGCUGUCGGCCGAGACGCCACUUCCUAGCACGGUAUCGCGAUGUCCCUCCCUCAGCGCGAUACAGGCUACGGGAAUCGCCCUGGAUAAAGUCGCGGCCCAGCACGAGUACAAAAGGUCGACGCGGCCGCCCGAUCUCAAGACUAUCUCCAGUGAUUCCGUUUAUACGAUUCUAAUCAAAUUGCCGAGCAAUGGCGGCAAGUACAGCGAGGGGCCGAGCAUAAAAAUGAUUCACGACGAGUCUAUGUCGAUCCAGCUGCACAGCAUGAUAGAGGACAGCGAGGAUGACGGUGGUGGUAGUGGCGGUGGCGGCCUCACUGUCGGCAGUGCUAGCAAAGUUUUCCGUCUCGGCGGCGGACCGAGCCCGUCGACGGUGAUGAGGAGGCCCUCGCAAAUGCCGGACAUCAGAAUACCGUUAAACGCGAAGAACAUACCAAAAGUACUGACGACGGGCAAGGGUGUACUGAACAAGCCACCGAACAAGAAGAAGAAGAAAUUACAGGAGAAAAAGGCCGAUCGUAAGGCUGCGAAAACGCUGUCGGCGAUUCUGCUCGCGUUCAUUAUUACGUGGACCCCGUACAACAUCCUGGUACUCCUCAAAUCCAUCACCGCCUGUUCGUGGUACAUACCGCAGAAAUUGUGGGACUUUUUUUAUUACCUUUGCUACAUCAACAGUACUGUAAAUCCGGUGUGCUACGCACUGUGCAACGCGGCUUUCCGCAGAACCUACGUGAGGAUUCUCAAGUGUAAGUGGCACAGCAGAAAUCGCGGCACCACGGGAUGAUAUCAGUAACCGAUGCGUCCUUCAAUCUUUUCGCAUCGGUCCAAUCCCCUCCACGUGCUUCCAUAUCCCAUAGAAUUGGAAGUCGAUGACCGCGCGUUUGCGCACAUAUACACAUACGAGCACACAUACACACACUCAUAUACAUACAUACGCAAUGCUGCAUUAUUAUUAUUAUUAUUAUAUUGCCGUUAAUUUUUCCUUCUUUUUGCGCAUUUCUUAGUGCGCACGAAGAAAUGAGGAGACCGGCAAACUGCCGCAAAUGAAUUUGGCGCUCACGACUGCCAAAUCACCCUGUUCCUAUCGACGUUGUUCGAGUAUGUUCGGGCCGCGCAUCUUUCGAGUCCUGAUCGCCGGAUCGCGCGCGACGACAAUGUCCGAUCGGUCACUUGUGCACUUUUGCCACGUAGAAAAACUGACUUCGGAUUUUCCUCAAAUGUGUUAUUUUUCUCUCGUGUGAUAUUCAAUUACUAUAACGAGAGAGAUUAACCCCUUGAUGACCGUGUUUUUAUCAUUUUUACGCUGACAAAUCAGGUGCUAUUUUUCACAACGGAAAUUUGUUAAUCAUUAUUAAUAAUUAUGUAAUAAUCCGGUUAUUCCUUGAUGUGUAACAUCUCGGAGUUUUAAUACUUUUUCUCUCUCUAAUAUAAUUAUGUUAUUGUAUAAUUACAUUGAUGUUCAUUGAAAUAUAAAAAAAAUAACGAAUUUAUGUCUCCUCGUCGGGGGGUUAACGAUAUGACACACCGAUCGACGUGAGCGAGUCCUUAUUUGUUCUAAUCGUGUAAAAACAGUUUGUGUGUUCACGAUAUUUUCGCGGAUAAUCGAAUUUCGACGAUACCGAUAUCGAUUGUCUAUUACGGGUCGCGUGAAUUGUUAAUAUACUGCAGUGAUUCUUAAUCUUUUUUUGGGUCGCAGAUCUUUUCGAGAAAUUGAGGGUUCUCACCUUAAUUUUGUUCCAAACUUUGAGCGGUUCUGUUGAAAACCUUCGAUUCAGAUUUCCUCUCCGGAAAUGUGAUAACAUCAUUUGAUGCUAUAUUGGUUUUCUAUGAGAUUUCUAGGAGAUUAAGAAAAAUUGGAAAAAAAUAGAGAGCUAUUUUGGGUCGCAGGAAUGAAAGAGGAGGACCCGUUUGCGUCGGGAGGGGAAACGCGAACCAACCGUCAACGUACUAGUCAAAACUCACGCAGCUCCGGUCUCCGAGUUUCUCAAGAAGUAACGCGACGUGGAUACUGCCAUGAAUAUAACGUUCAUUAAUAUCUCCCCGAAUUGCGCGAACUCUAUGCGAGUCGCGCGUUCGGAAUUACAUUAUGUAUCCGGUAUACUCGGUAUAUCCGGGCGUCCCCCGGCACGGUUCACCAUCGUCGUCCGGAAGCAUUGCGCUGCUGCCGAGAAAUUCCCUUUCCGGGAAAAGAAAAGAGAAGACGAUGGCGAAUAGCAAUGGGGAUUUAGACACGAAGAAAAAAAAAGCUAAGUCGCACAAGAACCUAUUUAAGUAAAAAAAAUAUCGAAAGGAUAAGAGAUGAUAUAUCUCUGUAUGUCGUGCAGAGCCGCGACAGGCAAUGUAAACACUCGAUGUAAAUUUUACGACGUAGCGAAGUGUAAAACUGUAAAUGAAUGUGUUUAAAUGUAAUAAUGCGAGGAGGGAACGAUGGGGGUGAUAUAGACGACGGCUGGCACGGCCAGCGGAGAAUACGGGAGGAUAAUUAGCGAUUAGGUGAAACGAAAGAGAGAUUAACGCUAAAUCGAAUUCUUCCGUAAAACUAAAAAUAACAUUCUAAUUAUACGUGCCAAACGAAGCUUUAAAAGAUUAUACCAAGAUUAAACGGCGAGAGAUAAAAAGAUUGACGGAGAGAGGGAGGCGGAAAGGGAGGAACGUCGGAGAGCGUACUUUCGAGGCUACUUGAGAAAUGAUACCGAAGAAGUAUAGUUAAUAUAUAAAAAAAUGAAAUUAAAUAAAACAAAUAAAAUAAGAGCACUGUGUCGACGAGCGAUACACGACUUUAGCGAUCGAAGGCUCGUAAAGUAAUCAAAGUCAAUCGUACGCGCGCCGAUAUGCCUAUAAUGACCAUCAAGACUGCGAGCUCUUCAUUUCGAUCAAUUUCGCAAUCAUUCUUCUAAUUGAAUACAUUGAAUAUAUAUAUUACAGUAAAAUGGUACACAAUUAUUUUUUUAAAUACAUUUUUACUCUUGUCAUUUCGCGCAAUUUUUUUUUCACAAAUCAUGUUUCCAAUGAAUAUUGAAACUAAUAAUCAUAAUUUAGCCUAUGUAAAAUUUAUCGCCAUUUUCUGAAAAUAUACCUUCGGAAAUAUACCGCGAGGAAUAAAUCUGAAAAUAUUUUCUCGUCUCUCUGACAACUUUGCGUGUCCUUCACUACUCAAAGCGAGAAACAUAAUCGCUCCUGCUCAAGCGACGUUCCUAUAUACGCGUCGGCACGCGCGCGUGCGUUUGUAUCUUUGUACAAAAUACCCACGCACACUAAACACGCACUUUCGCGCGCGAUCAACAUUACACAUAUACACACGGUGCAGUGUCGCGAAAAGUACUCGUGAGGGAGAUACGCAUUUACGGCCGCAUCGUCGAAAAUCUUUAUGCGUCUUUUCUCGAUCACUUAUCACUUCUGCGUAUAAUAAUCCGAGAGAUUUUCGAUACAUCUUACCCGGUAUAUGCGUAUCUCGGCGAGAAAAGAACUCGAUAACGUCAUUUACAUCAGGUAACGUUAAUCAAGAAUGAACCUAGGUACAUCAGGUGGACGUAAUGACACAAUUGCGUCAGUUACGUAAUUAAUCGAGUACAAUUAAUCGACGUAUAAUUUCGAUUUAUUAUUCGAGUACUUUUGAUACGAGGAUUUGCACUGAUCGAUUUAAAGACCGUUACGCGAGCGAUUGCACCGAUAAAUAUACACGACUUCUGUUUUUUUCAAUGUGUGCGACAAACGAACGACGCCAAUGUGUCUCUUUUAUAUAAUGAUAAAUGAUAAUGAAUUUAAAAACAUUUUUUCUUUUAUAGAUGUCAAAGAAAAGUUAAAGAAAGAGAUGUCAGAUAAUAUAUAAUCGAGAUGUGUUAUACAAGCAAUUAUCACGUUUGUUAAUAUAUAUAUAUAUAUGUGUAUAUAUAUAUAUAUGUGUGUGUGUGUGUGUGUGUGUGUGUGUGUGUGUGUGUGUGUGUGUGUGUGUGUGUGUGUGUGUGUGUGUGUGUGUGUGUGUGUGUGUGUGUGUGUGUGUGUGUGUGUGUGUGUGUGUGUGUGUGUGUGUGUGUGUGUGUGUGUGUGUGUGUGUGUAUCUUUAUAGCGAAAGGGUAACGGUACGCGGGAAGAUGUGUCUCAUACGUGGAAACACUAAGAAGACGUGUAUCUGUAUAAUUUCUCGCGUUUCCCGGCAUUUUUGAGCACGUUGCCGAACAUACGGGGGAAAAGGAAUAACGCGAGUAGGAUUCGCGGUGAUAUUUUUUUACCUUUAUAGUUGAUUCCGCGCGCGCGAUUCGAUCUCGAUCGUGUUAUGCGAAUUGCCUCCCGCGAAUCUAAAAUGCGAACGAUAAACGCACUGUACACGUGAGAAGACGUUUUCGUUGCACUCAUGUUUUUUUGUGAGCGCGCGGAAGCGAUUAUCGAAAUAGAUCGCAGAUUUUUUUUGUUAAGCUUAUAGCGCAUAUCCAUCGCGAAUUUGCGAGAAUACUGAAACGAUCUGAGAUCGCGUCGAGGAAAAUCAUUGUGGUAAGGGAUUGUGUAACUGAUAUUCUUUAUAGAAUUCGAGACAUUUAUACCUCGACAUUUUAACGCAGUUUGAAUAAAAAAUCGGAAUUUACAUAGGAGUCCGGGAUUAUAUCAAAGGGAUUGAUUAUUUUUGAGGAGUAAUGUAAUCAAACGGUUGAGAAUCUUAUCUAAAAAAUAGGAUUCAUUUUCCUUUCGCGCGGUACAAAUUACAUUAGAAUAUUUAUUACAUAUUCCUCGGAAAGUAAAUGCUAAAGUGUAAGAUUAUUAAUAUGGCAAUUUUAGCAUGGCAAAACUUACAAUGUUAAAUAAGGAAUAUAUGAGAGAAUAUAAGGUGUGUGUCAUCUCUCUUGUGUUACAUAAGAAUUCACGUUCCUCGAGGAGUGUCAGAAAUAAUAUAACAGUUUGAGGAUACAUUCUAUAGUCUGUUUUCACACAAUGAGAAGUUCGAAAAAAAGUUAUCCUCCAUCCUGUGUAAAAAGCGUUCACAUCCUAAUCUAUGCUGUCGCGUGUAAGUUUUUUCAUUAUUUAUUUCCAUAGCGGAGCAUAUCUUUAAAGUUCAGCUUUGCAUUGGAGAUACAUUUCGCACAACAUUAAUUUCGAUAUUUAUUAUAAAAGAUCCAUAAACACGUGCGUAUCAAGUCGCGAUUAAGUUAACAGAUUGCACGCGUAUUUAUACGUAUUUAUACGAUGUAUUUCUGAGCUCCGUGUUGGACCUCCGAUUGAAAUGUCGAUAAUAGUUUAAUAAAAUACAGCAGAGAAACAAGAACUGGUGAAAAUUGCUACGUGUGUACUAUGCUAUGAUGAUUAACUGCCUCUCUUCUUUAUUUACGUAUUUCCAUAAUAUCACGUUGAGACGUAAUGUAACACACAGCAUACACAUUGCGUAAAAAAAAAAGAAAAAAAAACUUUCCUUCGACGAAAAUGCGUUAAAAUGUACAAAGCGAAUAUAUUUCACGAUCGUGUGUUAAAAUGUAAGAGAUUUAGGUAUUUUUCAAAAGAAAUCUCAAACACAUAUAUAGCGCAUGUACCUGGGUAUCCUCUUACGACACUGCACACUCAUACAUAUAGUUAUAUAUAUAUAUAUAUAUAUAUAAAUAUAUAUACACUUGGAAUAUAUAUAUAUAUACGCGUACGAUGCGUGCUAUUUAUCUCAAAACGAAUGUUCUCGCAUAAAAGCGUAUACCGGAGAUAAACGAAACGAUGUACGACCUUUUUUUAAUCGUAGAUUAUUGUAAACACCGAUGUAAUCAGUCUAUGUUUAUAUACGUGUUUUAUAUUAAUGAAGAAUUUACGAUUCGAGAGUAAAAUAUAUAAGAUGUCAAAGA